AUGCCCUUUCAAUGCUUUCAAAAGCAUUCCCUUAACAAAUCCAGGCUCUCAGAUUCCUUAAAUGGCCAGCGCUGGCGGUUCCUGCAAAGCGGGCUGGAUGAUUUCCGAGAAGGCUUCCCACCUCCUUGUGACAAUAUUGUCAACCAACGCACGAAGGGACCCAUCCCUAUUAUUCUCCCUAGUAAACCUGAGAGGUUGGGCAGGAUACAGCAGAGGACCAAAAGGAUGCCCACCAAGCCCCAGACUAACACCUCCAAACUCAGCCCAAUGCUACAAGCCAGAAAGGAAUGCAUCGCUCACAUAGAGUACUGCCUCAGCCAACAUCUGUUAGCGCUCUACCCUCAUUUGGAAGAAAGCAUCCCUCCGGAGCUAUUCAAGGAGGUUUUAAGUGUCCUGGACCCAGAGAUGCUUGCGGAGAGUGAAGAAGCUGAUGUUGAAGUUAAACAGGAGAGUCAAACUCCUUCUGCAAUUCCAUCUCAGUCAGAAGACAAAAGAAAGAGACAAACAAGGGCCAAGCUGAUCAGCAGCAAGGACCCCAAAGGCAAGGACCCUUAUAAGUGGUUUUCUAAAACAGAAGUUGCAGCAAGAGAAAGGGAGGCCAGGCUGAAUUACAUUCCUCCCCUCGAUGAGAAUGUAAAACAAGCCACAAAGGAGUUUUGCAGAUGGUUUGAUUCUCUGGGCGGAAAGAAACAUGACGUUGAUGAAUCCACCAUUAUAAGUCUCUUUGAUGCAAGUUAUGAGACCAGGCCCCCCUCCUCUGUUCCGAUACAUGUUGUGGAGCUGCACGAUUUGCCCACCGAGCUGCGGAAGUAUGUUGGAAUGCCACCUCCUCAGAGCACCCUGAACAGCAGUGCUCAGCAAGGUAGCCAUUCCAAGGAAUCUUGCCAAUCCAAAAGGGACAAGAUCAGGUAUGGUGCCUGGUACCUGGACCCAAAGACCUGGAGAAAACAGAAAGUGAAUGAACCUUUAGAAGAUCCAAGAUCAAAAGAAGCAAGCAUCAGGAAUUCAAGGAGGGCGUUAAGUGAAAAGGAUAUGGAGAUCAUGCAACUUCAUGGAACUCGUGCUUUUAAGGAAUUUCUUGAAGAAAAAGGAUCCCGGAUACCAGACUUCUUGCAACAAAUACUGGCUGCAGAAGAAGCGUCUGGACCAAACAUGGCGGCACUGAAGGGCUCCAGAAAUGGAUUUCAGAGAUGUGAAGAGCUCAGAGAAGAUUCUUCGUCAACAGUGGAGAAUUAA